UAGUAAUAGUAGUAGUAGUUGCAGUUGUAGCAGCAGCAGCAGCAGCAGCAGUAGAAGAAGAAGAAGAAGAAGAAGAAGAAGAAGGGGAACAAAUUCGAUUGAAUCAGUGAUCCUUUACUUGAGUCUAGUCGGGCUACUACCUGUUUCAAAGUCCAGCGGAGAACAGGGCUAACAGACGUGGAGAUGCAUAUGCAGAAGCUUCAUAUGUCGGUGUUUAUUUGUUGUACAGCGUUGUGAGACAGACAUGCAGCAGUCCGUGGAGUGUCUGGUGCGACUGCUGGAGUCAUACAGAGGAAGAGACAAAGUUAUCAGGACGGUCUGUUAUGGCUCUCAGCUGGUUGGAGGAGUUCUGUCCAGGAAGGCAGAAGCAGAUGUUUCAUCCCAUCGGCUCGGGAAAAGUCUGCUGCUGUUUUCAGCUCAGCUCAGCCACUGCCGCACCGUGCUGAGGCUGUUUGAUGAUCUGUCCAUGCUGUCUUACUCCCACAGCUAUGGGAUGGGGGCUGGGGAGGAUGACGCAGGCGUGCGCUGGAUUUCGGUGCUGACCAACGUCGCCGACCAGCUGUACUACCCCUGUGAACACAUCGCGUGGGCUGCUGACGCUGAGCUCAUCAAAGUGAAGUCUGACAAGUGGUGGCUGUUCAGCACGGUGCUGUGGGGAACCUCGCUGCUGCUGGGAAUACUCAGAUCACUCCGCGUUCUGAUGUUACUGAAGAAGAAGUUGAAGAGAUAUGAGAGAGACGGAGGUGGCAGCAGUCGCUCUCAGCUCCACAGACAGAUGCGAGGGGAGGUCCUCUCUGUCCUCAGCAGCAUGGCUGACCUCAGUAACGCCAUUCAUUGGAUGCCACCUGGCUUCCUGUGGGCGGGUCGAUUCCCCAACUGGCUGGUGGGACUGAUGGGCACCAUUUCAUCUGUGAUUGGUUUGAUCCAGAUGAAUGCAGGCGACAGCGACCAGACAGACAGCACGUAGUCUUCACCUCACAGCGAGGUAUCGAUCAGGGGCUUUGUUUUGCAAUUUUUAACUUUCUACUGACUUUGUGGUGAAUUGGACGCAGCUGCGGAGGUAAAUCAUCUUUGUAUUUAAUACAAAUUUCCUUCUGCUUUUUGUUCUCAGUGGCCUUUUUAGUACAGUUCCCAAAGAGACAAGACUCGUUACCAUGUGGAUCCUUCUUUGUCAUUAUGCAGAGUGGCGUAUGGUCCGUGACUUCAUCCUGUACUUGACAAGAGACAAGCUGAUUCCUGCAACAGCCAUUGUGUUUAACGGCAUUUUUCACUACAGAGGAGAUGCAAAGAGACACUCAACCUCUUACUGUUCAGUCAGUCACCCUCAAAGGUCAAUGCAGAAAUAGCUUUGAAAUUGGUGAGGUGAUUUUAAGAGAAAAACAGUGAUAUUGUGGAAAGGCUCAUAAAUUAUUGCCUUAGCCACACACUCCAUAAAGCUAACUUUCUGUCUUGAUUUUUUUUUUUUUUUCAUGUGUGAAUUACUUACUACACCUUUUGUAAUUCUUUUAUGACUGCGCCACUGGGAUCAGUCGAGAAAAAAGGAAUUUCUGUCACAUAAUGUUUAAAGACCAACUCAAAGUUUGUUUAAAGAAUGUAAACACCAGUAACCAGUAAGUUCUUCAGGUAUUGUAGUUUUGCUAACUGGAGAAAUUAGCUGCAGAUAUAUCUGAUUUGAUGAAUCAGUAGAAAACAGCCUACAGACAACCGUGAUUAAGUUUUAUAUAGAAAUGAUCUUGUCAAAAGCUGCUUGAAAUGUAAAUUUAAUUUUAUGUAAGGAUAUUUUAGAUGAUGUAAACUAAUUAAUUUUUCAAAUUAAAGCUACAUUUUCAAACUGAAUUCUG